UCAGAAGGGUUCCAUUUUCCUCUCGGUUGGACCCUGUAGCCGCGUAUGAUUUCAUCGGUCAGUCUAGAGAUUUUCCCAAUUUUUCACCGUCAGUUCGUAGGUGUCUUCGAGCAAAGUACGACCGAUCCGUCGCGAACGUGCCAAGAUUUUCCGAGACCGACGACGGCACCACCACCGCGCAUCAAGUGGUUUCACGUCGCACCCAACCCCGCAUGCGUCAGUGUACAGAAGAAAAGAAUUUCAGGAAGGAAUUUGCGCUAAAGUGAGCUGUCGUACCGAGGCGGUGCGCGUUCGUGUGCAUGCGUGUAUGUGUACGUGCGAGUGGAUUACGAGACCGUGAUCGGCGAUUGAGGAAUUUUCUCAGCAACCGGCCCGCAAAGAGGUAGUCGAUUUUCGUGCGGAAAACAUUUUUUAACUUUAAAGGAAAAACAAUUAAGUGUUACGUCCUGAGUGGUGCCGUUAUCAAGUGAAAAAAGUUUAUCAAAAUGUCGGAUCUGGAGGAAAUUGGUGAUAUGAGUAGUUUCGAUGCCUGGUUAGAGAAGGAUUUUCUGAGUAAGAUUAGCCGCUUGGAGACGGAAUGCGAGGAUGCACGGGAAAAGAUAAAAACCCUGGAUAAGGAUUUGAAGAAAAAGACAAUUGAGAACGAUAUUCUGAGGGCCAAGGUUGGCAAGUUGGAAACUGUCCCCUCCAACAAUGCAGCAUCGACGGAGAAGAUUGAAGGUUUGGAGAAGGAAUUGAAGCGGAAAACGAUGGAGUUGGAUAUUCUACGGUCUAAACUAUCGAACGCUGAGACCAAACCGGAAGCAUCGCAGGAUUUAGCCGAACGAGUUAAACAAUUGGAGAGGGAGCUGAAAAAACGAAUUAUCGAGAAUGGAAUUCUGCGGGGAAAAUUAACCGAAAUUGACUCUGAACCGGCUACGCCCGAAGCACAAGAGAAAAUUGACGACUUGGUGAGAAACCUGCAGAGAACUGAAAGUGUGGUCCUGAAGGAAAAGGUUAAGGAAUACGAAGGAGAUCACGAAGCAUCUGAGCGCACCGGGGAACUCGAACGGGAGCUGAAGAAUAAGAAUAUCGAAAGUGACAUUCUCCGGUCUAAGUUGAGGCAAUUUGAAAGUACUCCCGGAACUAGUCAGGAAUCUAGCGAUAAAAUCAGGGAUUUGGAGAAACUAGUGCGAAAAUAUCAAAUAGAAGCUGACAUUCUAAGAGCAAAAGUAUCGUCAAUGGAAAGUGACGCCGCUCACAAAGAUGAGGAAGAUUCCACGGAGAGAAUUGAAGAACUGGAGAAAGGCCUCCAGAAGAGCACUACCGAAGGCAACAUGCUACGGACCAAAAUGCGAAUGUUUGAGAGUGAAUCCACGGCGGCCCAUGAUUCCAGCAGCGAACAAAUCGAUGAGCUGAAAAGGGGGUUGAAGAAAAGUACCACCGAAAGUCAAAUUCUUCGUUCCAAAUUGUCCGAGCUGGAAAAUAAACAAAGCGCCAGUGGUGCCAGUACAUACAAAAUCGAGCAGUUGGAGCAAGAGUUAAAGAAGAAAAAUAUCGAAAAUGACAUUCUCAGAUCCAAGGUGGACCAGCUGGAAAGAGUACCCCUGGCUGACAGUCCUGCCAACGCGAAAGUUGAGGAACUACAGAAAGAGGUUCGCAAGUUGAAAAUCGAAAACGACAUUCUCCGCUCGAAACUGAACCAAGCAGAAGAAGAACCAUCCGAGUCACAAGAAUCCAGCGAUCGGAUAAGCGAGCUAGAGAAUGAAUUGAAAAAGCGUACGAUUGAAAGCGACAUACUGAGGGCAAAGGUGACCCAGCUGGAGUGUGAUCUUUCUCCGACUAAAAACUCCAACGAACGCAUCGAGGAUCUUGAGAGCGAAUUAAAGAAAAAGACAAUCGAAAAUAACAUUCUCAAGUCGAAAGUCACUCAACUGGAGGGAGAGGUUAUUACCCAGCAAACCUGCGGCAAGAAAGGAGAUUCCACUGAAAUCCGAAAGCUCAAGGAAAAGCACGAGGAAGUACUCACUAAAGCAAAGGAACUGCUCUUCGAGCGAACCAAAACAGUGAAAACACAGGAUAUGCAAAUCAAGGCACUGCACAAUCAGAUCGAAAACAUCAAGGAAGUCGUCGCCGUCACUAAGGAUAUGCUGAACAUUCGAAACAUGGAACACGAACAACUCCAGACGCGCUUCGAGAACAUCGACAGCAAAAUGAAGGCCGAGCGGGAGAGGCAGACGUUGCUCGAGAAGAAGCUGGCUGCCUCCCAGAAACUGUACAACGACUUGCGGGAGGAGUACACGAAACAGGUGGAGCUGUUCAAGACUUCCUCUGUUUGUACCUCCGGCAGGACAUCCAAAAGAGCUACUGCGAAAAGCUUGAACUCAUCAAGAAGGAAGUCGAGCAGGUCCGAAAUGGACAGAAGUAAUCACCACGAGGACGAACGCCACCCGGAUGAGAUCCGACCGGGUCAUAGUUUCGAUUUGAGGGAAAACCGGGACCACCAAAGUGGACCACAGUGCUGCUGUCAGCCGUCGUGAAAUUGUUUAGGAUGAUUAAAUUGGGUUUUCCCUAUAAAUACACAACCUGUAUGCAAACAGGCGGAAGUCUUUUUCUAAUGCUCUAAGAUUAACGUAGGUAUGCGCAAUAAUGAAUCAAUGUUUGUCAACUAUAACAUGAGAUUGAUUUGGGAGGAAUUAUAGCAUAUAGGCAAAACGCGCCCGAUGAAAUUGUUUACUUUUAACUUGAAAUUCAAUCUCGGCAUUAUCAUUUCAGUAUACAACAAAAGAGGAGUAAUGCGAGAGUGCUGAAACAUUAAUAUGUUUAACUAUGAUAAUCCUAAAUACAUAAACAAUUUUAAUAAAGCAUGAAACGAAGAGUUUGAGAAGAGCCAACUUAACUGCUCGAUGGGACUAGAUUAAAUCAUACAUAAAGUUUAUCUGAAUGUUAUUGAAUAAAACGAAGUCAACCCAAA